AUGCCGUCGCUACCAUCAUUAGAGGCUUUUGCCAAGGGUACCUUCGCUACCGUGGCUGGUGUUACAACGCUAGGCUGUGGGCUACUAUACUACGGACAAAAUUAUCUCAUUUACCCAUCCGCAUUCCCCCCGGGCUCUCGUACAGAGGUCCAAGUGCCAACGGAUUUUGGGCUUGAAUAUCAGGAUUUGCCCCUUGUCACUGAAGAUGGGCUCACUUUGCGGUGUUACCUUCUCACGCAACGGACAGAGAUAAGCAACAACCAAGCUGCACACAUCGAGUACGCAGACCAUCAGACGCAUGAAGAGUUUGCAUCCACUCGACCAACAGUGGUGAUGUUCCAUGGCAAUGGCGGAAACCAUGGUCAUAGGAUACCCCUUGCAAAAGUAUUCUACGUAAAGAUGCGAUGCAAUGUACUCAUGCUCUCAUACCGCGGAUAUGGUCAUUCUGAGGGUUCCCCAUCAGAAACAGGCAUACGUAUAGAUGCGCAAACGGCGCUCAACUAUCUCAACUCGCAUCCAUACCUGCAGAAUACUCCCGUUAUUCUCUAUGGCCAAUCUAUAGGCGGUGCUGUCGCUAUCGACCUUGCAAGUCGAAAUCCAUCAAAGAUUGCGGCGUUAAUCCUGGAGAAUACGUUUACGACCCUCCCACGUCUCGUACCUAAAGCUCUUCCUCUUCUUGGCCCUCUUUCAUUCCUCUGCCAUCAAAAAUGGGACUCAGCUUCGAAAAUACCAUUGAUUCCUCGGUCAACACCAAUUUUGAUGCUGAGCGGCGUUCGGGACGAAGUUGUUCCACGCGAGCACAUGCAAGAGUUAUGGCAGAUUAUUUCGCGGCGCCAGGGUGCCAAAUUGGGCACUGGAAACAAGUCAGACGUGACGGAAGUCGGUAAUGGGAAGUCGAAAUUCAUUGAAUUUGAAGGAGGAUAUCACAAUGAUACGUGUGUCCAGCACGGGUAUUGGACUGCGGUCGCUGACUUUGUGGCAAAUUUGAGUCGGCUUUAG